AUGUCUCGCCUCCUCCGACCUGCCGCCCGUCUGGCUACCACCGCCGCUCGCGCCCCCGUCGCCCAGUACACCCGCGCCGUCAACCGCCCCGUCUACUUUGGCGCCAACCACGCGAGAUCCUACGCUGACGGCACCGGCGUCAAGGAGUACACUGUCCGUGAAGCUCUCAACGAGGCCCUGGCCGAGGAGCUCGAGUCCAACCCCAAGACCUUCAUCCUCGGCGAGGAGGUUGCCCAGUACAAUGGCGCCUACAAAGUCACCAAGGGUCUCCUCGACCGCUUCGGCGAUAAGCGCGUUAUCGACACCCCCAUCACCGAGAGCGGCUUCUGCGGCCUCGCUGUUGGCGCUGCCCUCAGUGGCCUGCACCCCAUUUGCGAGUUCAUGACCUUCAACUUUGCCAUGCAAGCUAUCGACCAGAUCGUCAACUCCGCCGCCAAGACCCUCUACAUGUCCGGUGGUAUCCAGCCCUGCAACAUCACCUUCCGUGGCCCCAACGGCUUCGCCUCUGGUGUCGCCGCCCAGCACUCCCAGGACUACUCUGCCUGGUAUGGCUCCAUCCCCGGCCUCAAGGUCGUCACCCCCUGGAGCGCCGAGGACGCCAAGGGUCUCCUCAAGGCCGCCAUCCGCGACCCUAACCCCGUCGUCGUUCUCGAGAACGAGCUCAUGUACGGCCAGACUUUCCCCAUGUCCGAGGCGGCCCAAAAGGACGACUUUGUCAUUCCCUUUGGCAAGGCUAAGAUUGAGCGCUCCGGCAAGGACCUGACCAUUGUGACCCUGUCGCGCUGCGUCGGCCAGGCUCUCACGGCCGCCGAGAACCUCAAGAAGAACUAUGGCAUCGAGGCCGAGGUUAUCAACCUGCGCUCCGUCAAGCCCCUCGACGUUGAGACCAUCAUCAACUCGGUCAAGAAGACCCGCCGCCUCUUGUCCGUCGAGUCCGGCUUCCCCGCUUUCGGCGUCGGCUCGGAGAUUCUCGCCCUGACCAUGGAGUACGCCUUUGACUACCUCGACGGCCCUGCCCAGCGUGUCACCGGCGCUGAAGUGCCUACUCCCUACGCCCAGAAGCUCGAGGAGAUGAGCUUCCCCACCGAGAAGCUGAUUGAGGACUGGGCCGCCAAGAUGCUCAAGGUUUAA